UCUACAUCUUAUAGUAAUCGCAAUCAAACGGACAGAAGCUACCGAGGCUAUACGUCUACAAGAUUGAAGAAUGACAAUCAGUGUGUCGUAUAUUCUACUGGUACCAUCACUAAUUUUCUUCCUGUCCGUAGUAACUAGCAUUACACCAGACGUAGAGGAUGGAGUUGGAGGCCGUUUGUCGUGGAAACAAUGUACUUGGACGGUGAGACACGCUAAGGACUCGGGAAAGAUAUGUGAAUGCAAAUUCAGAGUAGAACAUCCAAACAGCUCUCUCCAUGUCGUCUAUUCGGGAGUCAACAGAGUCUAUUGUAACGGUUACCACCAAUGUUGUUCCAGAUGGUACUUGAAAUUCAAUGAUACUGAAUGUAAUAAUCCCGGACCUAUUGACCUGGUGGUUUUCAAGCGGUACACAGACGACAGUCCCUACAGGACCAGACAAGCGGAGGGAUAUUGUAACAACAUGACCCGUGGAGAAGUAACCGUAGAGCUUCACGUAGGAAAAUGCCUAGGCUGGCACAAAAGACACGAUUAUGAUUAUGAUAAUGCGAACACAGGAUGGUUUGAAGAUUCACCGUCUCGUAUUCUUAUCAGAGAGGUGUACCCGUAUCAAAAGUAG